AAGUUGUCAUUUUUCGCCGGCAAAAUCAAGCAGAAUGGCUGCCACCAAGACGUCUAAAGAGCAGAAGUAUGACAGGCAGCUCAGGCUGUGGGGUGACCACGGCCAGGAGGCUUUAGAGAACGCCCAUGUGUGCCUCAUCAACGCCACUGCCACUGGUACCGAAAUCCUGAAGAACCUAGUGUUGCCAGGUAUUGGAGCUUUCACUAUUGUCGACGGGCACAAGGUGUCUGGAGAGGAUGUAGGAAACAACUUCUUUCUCAGCAACAACAGCAUUGGGAAGAACAGGGCCCAGGCUGCCACAGAUCUGCUGCAGGAGCUGAAUAGCGACGUAUCUGGCAACUUCGUAGAAGAGUCUCCUGAUAAGCUGUUGGAUAACGACCCCGAGUUCUUCAGUCGCUUCAGCCUGGUCAUCGGGAACCAGCUGCCAGAGAGCACGUGUCUGCGUCUGGCUACUGUGCUGUGGAGUGCAGGGGUGCCCUUCCUCGUCUGCAGAACCUACGGCCUGACGGGAUACAUGAGGCUCGUCGUCUCAGAACACACAGUGGUGGAGUCGCACCCAGACAACGCACUAGAGGACUUGAGGCUGGACCAGCCGUUUCACGACCUGAAGAAGCACAUCGAGUCCUACGACCUACACAGCAUGGACAAGAAGGAUCACAGUCAUACCCCGUGGAUCAUCGUUGUGGCUAAGUACUUGGAGAAGUGGAGGACUGAGCACGAUUCCCAGCUACCAAGGAACUACAAGGAGAAGGAAGCCUUCAGGGAGCUGAUUCGCCAAGGGGUUCUGAGGAACGAGAACGGAGCACCGGAAGAUGAGGAGAACUUUGAGGAAGCCAUCAAGAAUGUCAACACGGCACUCAACCCCACUAAGAUCUCGAGUGCAGUAGAGGACAUCUUCAAUGGAGAACAAUGCAACAACAUCACAGCACAGACCCCGUCGUUCUGGGUGCUGGCGCGUGCGGUGCGGGACUUUGUGCGUGGUGAGGGGGCCGGCUCCCUGCCUGUACGAGGUUCCAUCCCCGACAUGAUCGCAGACUCCCAGAAGUUCAUCAGCCUGCAGAACGUCUACAGGGAGAAGGCUCUCCAGGAUGCAGCCGUCGUCUCCAAACACGUGGAGUCGCUCCUGCAGUCUGUUGGCAAGCCUACCGAGAGCAUCACUGAACAGGAAAUAAAGCUUUUCUGCAAGAACGCUGCAUUCCUGAGGGUGGUCCGCUGCAGAUCACUGGCAGACGAGUACAGUGUGGAAACAUUCAACAGAGACGAGAUCACGUCCUGCAUGGAUAAUCCGGAUGGUGAGAUGGUGCUCUACCUGAUGCUUCGCUCCAUCGACCGUUUCUACCAGCAACACUCGCGUUACCCAGGUGUAUAUAACUACCAGGUGGAGGAUGACAUCAGUAAGCUGAAGGUGUGUGUGAACAGCCUGCUGCAGGAGUACGGCCUGGGGGUCAGCGUCAAGGACGACUACGUACACGAGUUUUGCCGAUGUGGAGCAGCUGAACCCCACACUGUAGCAGCCUUCCUGGGAGGGUCUGCCGCCCAAGAGGUCAUUAAGGUCAUCACCCACCAGUUUGUCCCGUUCAAUAACACCUUCAUCUACAAUGCCAUGGCCCAGACCAGUGCCACCUUCCAACUCUAGGGGGCACUGGGGAGCAGACCACCUUUCUACUAGUAGAGGGCACCAUUUAUUGCCCCAUAUCAGAUCAAUACCACCGUUCAACUCUAGAGGGGCUAUUGCGCCACAUCAGUACCAACACUCAACUCUAGAGGGCACUAAUGGACUAUGUUGGCCCCAACAUGCUCUUUUUUCCCCACUCUGUUUCCCUGUACAAAGAAGUGUGUGUGUGUGUGUGUGUGUGUGUGUGUGUGUGUGUGUGUGUGUAUAUACCAGGGGUGGAAAUAAGCACCCGUCCACCUGCCAAUGACGGGUGAAUUUGGCCUUUGGCAGGUGAAAUAUGUCAACCCACCAGUCACCUUGACUGGUGAAAUAUUUCUACAGGCGCCCGGGUUAAUGCUGAAUGCUAUGCAGCAUUCAACAUCAAAGGUUUAAGUAAAUUUGUAAUAAAGACUUAAUGGCAUCACAAUAACUGAAUUCAUGACCUUUGAAACAAAAGCAGGGAUCAGAAAUUAUAUUACUUGUCAUUGCAAUGUUUGGAACGAUUAAAUAUGAACUUAUAAAAAUGGUGACUGGUAAAAAUGUGUUAGUGACUGACUGGUAGAUUUUAGAAUAUACCUGCCACAGUCACUGGUGGGGAAAAUGUUUCAUUUCCACCCUUGGUGUACACCCAAGUGCACGUGAAAGAUAUCUCUGUGUAAGCAUGUGCUGUCCUCGGUUUGGCCCUGUUCCUUGUUUGUGUUUUGUCGUCUUCAUUGAGUUGUUUACCUGCCUGCCUGAACCUUGUUUAUUUGGUCGCCAUAAAAUGCUGGAAACUUCCAAAAGAA